GAGAAAGAGAAAAGUGAGAUAGUUGUUGGUUGAGGAGGGUGAGUCAUUUUUCCUUGAACUUAGAGCGUCGGUGGUGACAGAUCAAACAUUACACGUUAUCAUAUUCAUUCAUUAAUUCAUUCAUUGUUUCUUCCUCUUUGUUAAUAUUGCUUCAUUUCAUCCUCUGCACUUUCAACUUUUAACCAUUUCUCUGCAUUCUCUUCAACUAUAAUAAUAAGCUUUACUAAUCUCAUUCUAUUGUCUUGGAUGAUCCAUGCACAACCACAACCAUAACCUUCAACUUCAUUAAUCUUAUCAGAUUAUUUGCAUGAAAAAGUUGGUGUAGUCAUUUAUGGAUCAAAAGCAUUGGCAUUGGGGGAAAAAUUCAAGGGAGAAGACAAUUUUAGAAACUGACAAAGCAAAUCUUACUUCAAAAGAAAAUGAAGAGGUGCAGACACUUCUGGCUGAUAAAGAACAAUUGGAGAAAGACUUAAAAAAAUUAAACGAUAAGCUUGAUUUUACACUCUCUAAUUACAAUGCUAAAGACGAGCAUAUGAAGAAACAAACAAAAAUUGUUCAAGAAGCAGUGUCGGGUAAUGUUUAUGCUAUUUUCCUUUUUGAAGGAUGGGAGAUGGCAGAAGUUGAAAUGUUUUCAAUGAAGGAACAUCUUGAGGAAUCUAUACACCAUCAACUAAUUUAUGAAGAAAGAAUGUUUCAUGUGAAUUGUACUCUCAAGGAAUGUAUGCAGCAGUUACAUUUUGCCAGAGAGGAACAAGAACAAAGGAUUUAUGAUGCUGUAAUGAAGGCUUCAAAACAAUUUGAUCAAGCUCGCACGGUUUUAGAGGAGCAGCUAUCAGAGACCAGUAAAAGGCUUGCAAAAGUUGUGAUCGAAAAUUCUUAUCUUAAUAAAUCUCUUGCUGCGAAAGACAAUUUGACAGAAGAUCUGAAAAGACAGUUGGCUCAUGCAGAAGCAGGUCAUAAUGCAUUGAUGAUUAGAUUAGAGUCCAUCGAAAGAGAUAAUAAUUCUUUGAAGUACGAGGCUCGAGUGGUUCAAAAGGAACUUGAUAUCAGAAAUGAGGAGCGAGAAUAUAAUCGUCGAACUGCUGAUGCUUCUUAUAAGCAGCAAUCAGAGAGUGUAAAAACAAUUGUCAAGUUAGAAUCAGAAUGUCAGAGGCUGCGUCAUCUGGCCUGGAAACGGUUGCCAAGUCCUGCUGCCAGUUUAAUGGCUGAAGAUUCUUCUGAGACUGCCAUGAAAAGAAUCACUUAUUUGACUGAACAACUAUGUGCCGUGGAAGAAGAAAACAAGACUUUGAAAGAAUCACUAAGUAGGAAAAUGAAUGAAAUCCAAUUUUCAAGAGUAAUGCUUUCGCGCACAGCUUCUAAACUGUUGCAACUUGAGUCGGAAAUUGCAUCUAAAAGUCAAGUAGCCUUGGAGCAGCCUAGAAUUAAUCUUGCAUUGCAAGAGUUAUGUUCGGCGUCGAUGUCUGAGAUUGGUAGUUAUGACAAUGUUAGCUGUGCGGAAUCCUCGGCUAUUGCAGAACUGGAGCGCUUCAGAAGUGUUGGCCCUUCAGAUAUAAACCUUAGGGACGAUUUCAUUGAAAUUGAAAAAUUAGCAUUGUCUGAUCAUCACUCCGUGUUCUCGAUAUCGAAUCAGGAAACAUGUUCCAAAGACAUGUUAAAGGGUUAUAUUCCUGGUUGGUUUCAGGAUGUAGUUAAAGUGACAUUGGAACAAAAUUGUGUUACUCAUAAGAACCCUGAUGAUAUACUCGAGGAUAUUAAUUUGGCUAUGAAGCAUCUGAAUAAUAAUUCAGAUCAAUGUACAUUUGAUUCAGGCAAAGAUUCUAGUCAAUUUGAUGCAUCUAAUCCUUCUCAUUUAAGCCUCCACACCUCGGCGGAACCUUUGAAUUAUUCUGUGGUAGAUUCAUCGGGUGAAGUAAAUGAUGCCGGGACUUCAUCAAUAAAGAGAACUAAACAUAAAUCUCAAAGAGUUCUGAAUAAAUCAAUAGGCAAAUUAAUUGAGCUUAUUGAAGGGAUCAAUAUGCCUUCUGAUGAUAAUAAUAAUUCAGAUCUUUCGUGCAAAAGAGAUCAAAAUAUCCAUUCACAUAAUAAUCAAGGAGUGUCGAUAGGCUACAUGGUUCGUGUUUUCCAGUGGAAAACAUCGGAUCUAGGUGAUGUCUUGCAGAAGUUUCUCAAUGUGUGUUACAAUUUACUGAAUGGCGUGGCUGAUCAUGAAAAAUUUGCCACAGAACUAACAACAGCCUUGGAAUGGAUUAUCAAUCACUGCUUUUCACUUCAGGAUGUUUCGAGUAUGGAGGAUGCAAUUAAAAAACAAUUUGAUUGGGACGAGACCCUAACUUAUUCAGGUUGUCAUGAUUAUCCAACUCAAAAGAUGCAAUAUGAUCAGAAGGAAGAAUCUAAAAAUAGUAAAGAUAAACCGAACAGUUCUGAAUCUGAAAAGAAAGCCUUGGAGCGGAGGCUUCAAACCAAUGCAAAUCAACAUCAGGAAUUAGAGGAAACUAUUGCCUGCUUGAGAUUGGAGUUACAAACAUUCAAAGAAUCCAAUAGAAUACUUGAAGAUCGAAUACAAAAUGACGCGUCCAUAAAUAAAGAUCUUGACACUCAGCUUAUAGAAACUGAAUUAAAAGAGGCUUAUCACAAGAUUUUAGCAUUAGAAGUGGAACUAGAGAGCAAGAACCAUUAUUGUGAUGAAUUAGACAUAAAAUGUGUUGAACUUCAGCUCCAACUUGAAAGCAUGAAAAGGGAGUGUUCAAAUGGUUACAUUAAUCUGAAAAAUGAGCCGGUGCGAACUGAAUGGGAGAUAACAGUUGCUUCAGAGAAGUUGGCAGAGUGUCAAGAAACAAUCAUUCACCUUGAGAAGCAGUUGAAAGCAUUGGCUGAAAGAAAGGAUGUUUGUCUUUUCGACAACAUUAUCGCUGCUCAUCGUCCGAUAAUUACAAACACAACUAGUGUUAGUGUCCCACUAAAAGUAGACACGAAGGCCAAAAAUCGACCUUCUCUGUUGGAUCAGAUGCUUGCUGACGAUGAUGCAAAAGCCAAGGUUUGCAAAACAAGUGAAAGAAGUUUUAUACAACAGCCACUUGAAAAGAUUGUGGUUUUGAAAGGACUUAAAGGGCGUGAGGAUGGUGCUAAUGUAAAAUCUUUGGCCAUUUUACCUGUCAAGAAAUCUGGAGGAAGAAGCUUGUGGAAAAGGCUAUUAGGGAAAAGAAGAAAGCCAAAAAGAAAACAUGUGUAUCAGUUUAACAAGUGAAAUGCAGUUUGAGUGUAGUUCAGUCAUGAGUUUGGUUUUGUAAAAUCAAUAAACAAAGUUCAAUUCUUAUUGGGACGGUUGUAAUUAGUGUUAGUUUAAUUAAUAAUCAUUUCCCUACUAUUUUGUUUUAAGUGUAGUUGAUUACCUCACAUAGGAAUUUCAUUUUUAUGAGCAAUAUCUGGGGAAGCAAAAACUUUUACAUUAAUGACAUGAUGACACUUUUACUUUUA